CAAAAUUCCACCGUAGACCUUGCCCUCCGACUUGACGCUAUCUCCAUAUGGCAUCAGGUAUUUUCAGUCUCCCGAGAGAACUCCAAGAGGUUGUGUAUCUGUACGCUCAGAAUCGUGAGCUGGGACGCACUUGUCGAAAAUUUUGGGACAUUAGCUGCACCGAUUUUGUCAAAGUAUGUACUCUUCUCUACCGUCAUCGGCUCACUUCCCUCUCCCGUCUUGUUACAACCGAUUCAUACCGGUCCCUGGUACCACUGCACCUCGACCUCUUCCAUCGCAAAGAGAGAUGGGACAGUUUAGUUGGAGAUAGAAUGUUUAACGAAAAGAUUGGGGUGGCCAUCGUGAGGUUCUCUCUGGCAGAUCCCAUAUUUGUGUCUGUUGCGUCCGAUUUUGCUGGAAGUAAUGGCGCAACAGUGCUGAUGAAGAGUUUGCUACCGCUAAUGUCCUUGCGAGACGUGAAUACGGCGUUGAUCCAGGCUUGCGUAUACGGUCAUACAGAGAUGGUGAGACAGUUGGUCGCUGGUGGUGCGGAUCCUACUGCGGAGGAUAGUACGGCGUUUUGUAUGGCGGCUAAAUACGGGCACCUGGAAUGUGCGAAAUUGUUGAUUGAAGCAGGAGCAGAUGUGGAUGCACAAGAUGGAUAUGCUCUAUGUUAUGCCUCACGCGGAGGUCACCUUGAUCUCGUCCGCACCCUUCUUCAACGCAAAUGCAACAUUCAAAUACGUGAUAACUUUGCACUGAAUUGGGCUUGCGAACACGGUCACGAACGUAUAUGUGCCAUACUGCUUCAGCAUGGCGCGGACAUUCAUACUGCCGACGAUUACCCACUUCGAUGGAGCAGUAUGCGGGGACACAUUCAUGUCGUCCAGUUGCUUAUUGCCAAAGGAGCGAAUGUGGAUGCUAUGGACAAUUUUGCCAUAAGGCAUGCAAUCAAAUUUCGGCAGUGGGAUGUUGUCAGAGUCUUGGCUGCUGCCAGCAAGGCCGGAGUAGCGGUCGUCGCGGAGGAGGUCAGGAAUGCCACUGGGGAGAAGAAGGCUGCGUUGGAGAGCAUCUUGUGGGAGGUGUGCGUUGAACGGGUAGCUGUGGAGCGUAAGAAGGAAUUUGUAGGCUAGAAUAUAAUUGUGAUACAUAGAUAUUGUUGGUUAGUGAUUGGCUUAUACUAUGUAUUGUCUUUUAGAUUAUUUGAUCAUAUAGUAUAAUUCAUCUAGCAAUUUGC